GUUCUGUUUCCCAGCGAGGAAAUCUCUCUUAUCUCUUCUGGUCCGCCGGGAGGGAGGAAGAGGGGGCGCGUCCGUGCUCGCGCCACUCCUCGCCGAUGGCGUCCUCCACUCUGCCAGCUUCACCCUUCCGUCCGUCUCUUCCCGGACCUAUGGCCCGGGACCCUGCUAAGCUUAAGCACGUAUCCGUUCGAACCCCCGUUCGCCGUCUUCCCGUUGCAGCCUCCGCGGCACCAUCGGGCGCCGCGGCGGCGGCGAGGGAGCGCAGGCGCUUCCUGGAGCGAUACGGGCUCAACCCAGACGACUUCGAGGAAGAUGCAGGGGAGGACCCAAGGCAAGAGAAGAGGGACAGGCGGAGGCGGCGGCAGUCGGGGAGAGGGGAGCAAACUGCGGAAGCAGUAGUUACCCCAUCGAAGGCGGCGGAGCCUCGGGAGACUCACAAAAUGCUUCAGGUGCUAGGCGGAAAAGUCCGCAGAAGAAAAUUACUUUCACCCAAAGAUAGGAAUGUCCGUCCAAUGAUGGAAGUUGUCCGAGGAGCAGCUUUUGACAUUUUACAAUCAGCUGGUGGUUCUCCUGCUUCGCUCAGACCAGGUCGGUGGCUAGACUUGUAUAGUGGCACUGGAUCCGUUGGAAUUGAAGCUAUGAGCCGAGGAUGUUCAGAGGCACAUUUUGUUGAGAUGGAUCCUUGGGUCAUCUCUGAGGUCCUCAAACCAAAUCUGGAGUGUACUGGAUUUAUUGAUGUGUCACACAUACAUAUGCUCCGUGUUGAAAAAUUCUUGGCCAAUGCCGAAAAAUCUCAAGGUAAAUAUCCUUCCUUUGAUUAUAUUAGUGUAACACCACCAUAUCUGGAGGUCAACUAUAGCACACUACUCGCCCAGCUUGCAAGGUCACCGUUGGUUGGAAAAGAUUGCUUCAUCCUAGUUGAGUACCCACUGAAAACAGAUAUGGCUGAAUCCUGCGGAAACCUUAUAAAGAUAGCUGACAGGAGGUUUGGUAGGACUAACUUGCUAAUAUAUGGGCCAACUUGGUCAGAGAAAAAGAGAAGAAGAGAUGAUUUGUGAAGGGUUCAGGCAAAGUUUGCAUACAAGGUGUAGUGACAAAGAGUGCUUUCUGUACCAUAACAUCACUCGUGAAGAAGUGUAAAUCACGGUUGGGCAAGGUUUAAAGUUUCAACAUUUGUACCAGAAAUAUUGACCUACCAAGGCAUAGGAAGGCGGUUGAUCUUGGUUCUCUGGGUCUAUCUCUGAAUCACUUGCACAGCGCAGAGAGCUCACAUUUCUCUUUCCUUUCUGGUCAGAGAUCCACAUCCGAGAAGAGGGGAAAAAAAGGGUUCUCUACCUUCCAAGCAUCAGCGUCAAAGUACAUUUCAUGCACACUUUGGAAAAGAAAAGCGAUUACCCUGCCAAGUAUUCUUCGAGAGGGGCUUGACGGCUUGUACACUUCUAUCACUCUAUCUACCCCGUGUUUUCUGGGCAGUAUGAUAUGAAGAGUACCCAGAUGUAUCCAGUACGCUGGUUCAGCUUUUAGGCUGUUAACAAUAAUUUAACGCACUCUAUCGCAGUACGUAUGCCAAUGAUGUAGCCAAUUAACAUUCCCUUUCACCUUUUUGUAUUUUACAACAGCCUUGCGCCUCA